CCCCGAUCCGACGUCUAGAUCACCAACAAUCUGUAGCCGUUGCUGCAGUUGUCAACAAUUCACAACCUUCCGAUUGUUGAACGUCCCAGCUCCUUUGCGUCGUUUACCCAUCCAUUCCGCUCCACACAGCCGGCCACUCCGCCCACCAUGGCCUCCUUAAACCUGUCCAUCAACGGGCCCUCCAUCAAGAGCAGCUAUCAGGGCGUCAUCAACGGCCCUGCGCCAUCUUCGGCAUCUCCCACCUACGCCCACUGGGCCCUUUUUUCCGUCCAGGCGCCUCUUCUGAAUGCCUUCCAAGACUCUGGGGCAAAGGAGAGCAUCCUGAAGGUCGAGAGCACUGGCGAUGGUGAGCUUUCCGACCUGAUCGAGGACUUCAACGAAGGCCGCAUCCAAUUCGCCUUCGUCAAAGUCAAGGACCCCAACAGUGGACUUCCCAAAAACGUCUUGAUUGCCUGGUGCGGCGGUGGUGUCCCCGAGCGAACAAAGGGGUACUUUACCAGCCACCUGGCCGCCGUCUCCAAGAUUCUUCACGGCUACCACGUUCAGAUAACAGCACGCUCCGACGGAGAUCUUUCUCCCGAGUCCAUUGUGCAAAAGGUCGCCGAUGCUUCAGGCGCCAAGUAUACCGCCGGCGGUUCGGCACCCGUGUCAGCCGCUGCCCCGCCUCCCGUUGCCAAGAAGCCCGUUUUUACCCCGACUGCCUCUACAUCGGCCGGCUCUUUCAACCCUAUUAUUGCGGCGCGGACGCGGAACCGCGGGGGCGAGGACGAUGACGGCUGGGGUGCCGAUGCACCGCCAGUCACUCGAUCCCAGCUGGAGAAGGUUGCGUCUGCCUACCAGCCGACCAAGGUCAACAUUGCCGAACUCAGGAAGAACAAAGAUGACUCGCGUUCCGAUGGAACCCAAAAGCAAGAUGACCGGCCGGAUGAUAUUGUUAAGGGUGGCUACCAGCCCAUUGGAAAGAUUGAUAUUGCUGCUCUCCGCGCCCAAGCAAAGAAGACCCAAGAUGAUCGGCCUGCCACCGUGAAGGGAGCCUACGAACCGGUGGGCAAGGUUGAUAUUGCUGCCAUUCGCGCAAAGGCUCAGCAACGUCCUGCUGAACCGGAAGAAUCGGAGACGCCCAAGAGUCUGGCAGAGAGGACUGCCGCAUUUACGCAAGCAGAACGCUUGACCGAACUUCCCAAGCCCAAGGUUGCCAAGAAGUUUGUAGGCAGCGCUGCAUUUACCGGCACCAAAGCUCCUACGCCGGCUCCUCUGGGUUUCGGCUCGCCUGCGGUUCCCGCCGUUACCCCUAUUGCCUCUGCUAGCAGAACAUUUGCGGAUCAGGGAGGCAAGACGCCGGCCCAAAUCUGGGCCGAGAAGAAGGCCAAGCAAGGCGGUGCAGUUGCACCUGUGUCCACGCCCUCUCCCGCCGCUGCGCCUAUUGCUGCUCAGAAGAGCGGGAGCGAAUGGAAGAGCGGUUACGCAGGGAAGAGCUGGGCUGUGCAGGCACCCAAUUACAGCCGAGGUGUUGAAACACACGCAACCGGAGGCAGCGCCUCGCAAGAGAAAUGGGAGCCUGAAGCACCUGCCUCACCGGCGGGCGGCAUAUCUGCGCUGCGCGAUAGAUUCAAGGAUACGGCACCCGUGGCGGUCAACACGGGUUCACGGUCAGCACCAAGCGUGCCUUCUCCCGGCCCGGCCACUGGUGAGGAAGAGCAUGCUCCGCCGCCCCUGCCAACCGGAAGCCGUCCUUCCGGUGGCUUUGCCCUUCCUGGCCUGCCAUCCCGGCCUCCUGUUGCUGACGCCGAGGAAGAGAACGAUGAAAGACAGCUGGAAGAAGAAGUCCGUGCACAGGACGAAGAAGAGCCUUCCUCCCCUGUCCGCAUCGCAGUCCCAGUUGCUCGGAGCGCAGUGCCUGAGAUGGAGCCAGCUGGUAAUCUGCCACCCCGCCCGGUGCCUGUUCCGCAGGAGCUACCGAGAGAAGAGGACCUCCCCGUAGAGGAGGAUACCCACGAUCCGCGUGCUGCCGCCCUGAAUGUUGCCAGCGAAUCUCUUGGCCAUGAUGUCGAGGCUCAGCAGGCUGGUUCAGAUGGCGGCAAGCGUGCUUUGGUACAAUAUGACUACGAGAAGGCCGAGGAUAAUGAGAUUGAUCUCCGGGAAGGUGAGUAUGUCACCAACAUUCAGAUGGUGGAUGACGAUUGGUGGAUGGGAACCAACGCGCAAGGGGAGAGUGGACUCUUCCCUAGCAACUACGUGGAAGUCGUGGAAGACGAUGAGCCUGCUGCUGCUUCCAGUGCGGCCCCAACAGCAGCGGUAACUCAAGCCCCUGCUGUGCCUUCACCUGCGCAGGCCGAAGCGGUAGCACCCGCAACUCCGGCCGGUCAAGUCGCUGGUCCAACAGCGACGGCGCAGUUUGAUUACGAGGCAGCAGAAGAUAAUGAGUUGAGCUUCCCCGAAGGAGCCACGAUUACGGGUUUGGAGUUUCCCGAUGAUGACUGGUGGUUUGGCCACUACAAUGGAGCGUCAGGUCUGUUCCCCGCCAACUACGUUGAGCUUGAUGCGUAAGGCAAAGGUGUCGAAAACCAUGGUGCUGGUUAUGGACCACCGGCCUUUCCGGUUUGGUUUAAUUGAUCUACGGUCG